ACCCUGUAGAACAGGAUAAAGUGGCUAGAGAUAAUGAGAUGAGAUUAUUAUUUGUACCUAUGUUCUGCCUAUAGGCUCUGGACCCUCAGUGACCCUGACCAAGAUACUGAAAAUGAAUUAAUGAAUGAACUGUCACCCAAUCUUGCCAACUUCAGUAGCCAAAGCCGUGGGGAAUAAUAUACCUUUUUUACAGAUCCACUGAAAAUCAUUAAAUUAACAUGCAAUAAUGGGAAAUGAUACUUUAUAAAACCAGAUGUACCUUUUUCUUUCACCUCCUGUGUAAAAACAGCUGCCCCCUUUCCACCCCUAUGUUCAGAGGAUAGUUGGGUUACCAGUAGCUUUCAAAUAGAAACGGGAAAAUCCCAAACGUGAUUAAACACUUUUAAAGGAGGAAUCAUAAUGAUGAGUUUUGACUGUUAACCUCUUAUAGACAUCAAUGUAGCGCAAUUACUGCAUAAAGCAUCCUCUUUGACAUGUAUAUAAUCAGCUGCUCUCUCUCUCUCUCUCUCUCUCUCUCUCUCUCUCUCUCUCUCUCUCUGUGUUAACCAUUGGAAUAAACAUUUGUAAUGGUCAUUAAACUGCCUUUAAGUCUCUCUUUUGUACAGGGCCCCAAACACCUCCCCAGCACUGGUACGCCUCUGGGCAGUGAAGUGUAUCAGUGGGUUGACGGUAUGAUGCUGAGAGGGCGGACCCAGAAACUGCACUUAUUGAGCUCAAUCCCCUUCACACUCGGUCUAGUGAACUGUCGCAUUUGCUCAUGUUCAGAAGUUCGUCCUCAGUGCAGGUCAACAGCUGGUGAAGUCAUGUCUGCCUUUCUGCAUCACUGUCCAUUCCUCAAGUCUGCUCCGGGCCCAGCGCUCAGACAUAUGGGGGGAUUUUUGGGGAUGGCUGACCGAUGCCCUGUCAUUGCCCGCCGCAUCACCGUACAGUCCACUCAGAGUCAGGAUGAAAAAGGUAGAAUGCAAAAAGACCUGCUGCCACAUAAGGAAGCCAAACGUUCCUUGGCUAUAUCUGCUGCUCAGGUUGCUGUGUCCAAGACCAAGACCUGUCCCUUUGUAUCCACUAAGAUUGGACUAGUUAAAGCCAGCCCUCAAGUUCAGGAGGACAUCCACUCAGAGCUGCCUCCUAUUUCAAAGGAGGAGGAGGUCACUUCAGGAACAGUGAGUUCUGUGUUUAGUGGCUUACAGGGCUUUCAAUCAUCUCACCCAUCCCACCUUCUCAAGGACAACAUUGUUGGAUCCAGUUUUGAUUAUGAUGACUUCUUCACCCAAAAGAUCAUUGAGAAGAGGAAUGACCACACCUACCGUGUCUUUAAGACAGUGAAUCGGUUUGCAGAAGUUUUUCCCUUUGCUGAGGAUUAUUCUGUUCCAGGACGCCUUGGCUCACAGGUGUCUGUGUGGUGCAGCAAUGACUACUUGGGCAUGAGUCGCCAUCCACGCGUCAUUAAAGCAAUAUGGGACGUUUUGGAAAAACAUGGUGCAGGAGCAGGUGGCACCAGGAAUAUUUCUGGGACAAGUUACUACCAUGUGGCUCUUGAAAAAGAACUGGCUCUUCUUCACCAAAAAGAUGCAGCCCUUGUCUUCUCGUCAUGCUUUGUCGCCAAUGAUUCCACCCUCUUCACUUUGGCAAAACUGCUUCCAGGCUGUGAGAUCUAUUCAGACAUGGGGAACCAUGCCUCCAUGAUUCAGGGCAUCAGGAACAGUGGAGCCAAACGUUUCAUCUUCCGGCACAAUGAUGCAAGACAUCUAGAAGAGCUGCUCAGUCGCUCUGAUCCAAGGACACCUAAGAUUGUGGCAUUUGAGACAGUGCACUCCAUGGAUGGAGCUAUCUGCCCCCUGGAGGAGUUGUGUGAUGUUGCACACAAAUAUGGUGCUCUCACCUUUGUGGAUGAGGUUCAUGCAGUAGGCCUGUAUGGAUCACAUGGAGCAGGGGUUGGUGAGAGAGAUGGCGUCAUGCACAAGAUUGAUAUAGUCUCUGGUACACUGGGUAAGGCAUUUGGCUGCAUCGGGGGCUACAUAGCUAGCACUGCUGCACUGGUGGACACAGUGCGAUCCUAUGCAGCAGGCUUCAUCUUCACCACUUCACUGCCUCCCAUGGUGCUGGCUGGAGCUCUGGAGUCUGUACGAGUUCUGAUGAGCUCAGAGGGUCAGGCUCUGCGCCGAGCUCACCAGAGAAAUGUCAAACACAUGAGGCAGCUUUUGUUGGAUGCAGGUCUGCCUGUCAUCAAUUGCCCAAGUCACAUUAUCCCCAUACGGGUUGGAAAUGCAGAGAAAAACUCCAAAGUGUGUGACAUUCUGCUGGAGAGACACAACAUCUAUGUACAGGCGAUAAACUAUCCGACUGUGCCACGUGGAGAAGAGCUACUGCGUUUGGCACCAUCCCCUUUCCACAACCCCAUCAUGAUGGACUACUUCAUGAAGAAACUGGUGGAUGUUUGGCAGGAAGUUGGACUGCCACUCAAUACCCCUGCAACAGCCUCCUGCACUUUCUGUGACCGGCCCUACCACUUUGACCUUAUGAGCGAGUGGGAGAAAAGUUACUUUGGCAGCAUGGAACCAAGAUAUAUUACAGUUGCAGCAUAAUAAGAAAAAUGAAAGGGAAAAGAGAUGGAAAGCAACAUUCAGUAUAACCAGCUGACAUCAUUAUUAAAGAAAAAAAUUAUAACUGCUGAGAUAUCUUCUUUACAUUGUCAUACAUAUUGCUGCCUCCUGCAGUUACAUCAUUAGUAGCCUACUGGCUUUGGUGCUUUUGGAUUGUAUACCGUAUUAUGGAAUAUUAAUUCUGUGUCCCCUCUGCAUAUUAAAAACCUGCACAUGGGCACUUUUAAUGGAAA